AUGGCAGGUUUAAAAUCGCCCACUAUGGCCAUAUUCAGAUGGUUAGACGGUCUAUUAAGAUCUCUAUUUAAUCGAUUAGAAAACGAGACAACCAUUCUCAAUGGUAGUAAACUCGUUAAACAAAUCGAACAAUGGUCAGCUAGAUAUCUGACAUCCGCCACAUCAUUUAUAACAAUGGAUGUGACUGAUUUAUAUACAAUGAUUCCUCAAGAAGGCGGAGUCAAAGCCAUAAGAAAACUGAUGGAAGCAUCAAAUAUAAAUCAAAUCGAUAGUGUUAAAAAAGAGAUUAUAUUAGCUCUUGCCAGAUUUGUCAUGACCAACAAUUGUUUCUACCUAGAUGGCUUAUAUUAUAAACAGAUAAGAGGAGGAGCGAUGGGCUCUCCAUUCACUCUCACAGUAGCAAAUGCAUACAUGUACUUUGUAGAACGGCCAAUAUCGAAAUGGGCUAUCAGAGCAAACUCACUAUACUACAGAUAUAUUGAUGAUCUAUUCAUCAUGUCUAAUGUAUAUGUUGAUACACUUAAAGGUCUUGUGAACCAUUGGAAUAAGCUUGAUAGUAAUAUUAAUUUAUCAGCAUCCAUCGGACACACAGCUGAAUACCUAG